AUGCGCCCCCAGAACCGUCAGAUUCGUCAUCAGCGCUGUCAAUUAAUGGAACGUCUACAGAACCAAUUGAAUCGUCAACCGAAACAACAAUACAACAGACCGGACCAUCAAACGAGGAAACCAAAUCAAGUGCACAAACACCAACAAUUAUUGCCAUUUUUUAUACGAAUGAUGAACAACAACAACAACCUUCUUCUACUACAAAGACAACACCCCCUUCACUUCACUUUCAGCGCCUUUUGAUUUUUUGCUAAGCUCAGAUCCUUCAGUUUUAGGCGAACCACCACCUGGCGCUAGAUUUUGCAUCUCCAAAUCUUCUUAUUCUCCCGGCUUAUUUAAAUUGAAAUAAAAAUAAGCGCCGACUCCAAUGCCAGCAGCCAGUCCCAGGGGGGGAAUGGCAAUUCCCAGCCCUAUAUAUAAUUUUAAAAAAUUAUGUGUGGUUGUUUGUUGUUGUGUUUCUUCUUUUUUUCCUCCUUUUUUGGCUUUGUUGUUGUCGUGUAGGUUGUCGUUGUCGUGGUGGUGGUCGUUGUCGUGGUUGUAGUUGGUGUUGCUGUUGUCGUGGUGGUGGUCGUUGUCGUUGUUGUAGUCGAUGUUGUCGUUGCUUGAUUGUUGUGGCGAUGGUUGUUGUUGGUGUUUUCUUUGUAGUAGAAGAAGGUUGUUGUUGUUGUUCAUCAUUCGUAUAAAAAAUGGCAAUAAUUGUUGUUGUUUGUGCACUUGAUUUGGUUUCCUCGUUUGAUGGUCCGGUCUGUUGUAUUGUUGUUUCGGUUGACGAUUAAAUUGGUUCUGUAGACGUUCCAUUAAUUUACGGCGCUGAUGACGAAUCUG